UUGAAUAAGACUUUCAUGUGUUAAAUUUCCUGUCAGAUGGGAAUUCAUGCAUAGCUCCUACUCCAGUAUAUUUUUAUUUAUUUGUUUAUCUGUAAAGCAGCUGGUUUCACUCACAAACCAAUCAGUGGGAGCAGCUGCCGCAUGAUUGGAGUGAAAACCUGCAGUGAUGGUCAAGAGGCAUCAUGAAAGCCAAAGAGAGGAAGACGCUAAAAGGUUUUUUUUUUUUUCUUGUCACACUUGCACAAUCACACUCUGAUGCCUCAAGCUACAUGUGAGAGUGAAAGAGGGGAGGAGGGUGAGAUCCAGAGAAGUGUGUGUGCGAGAAAGAGACAUGAGUUCCACUCCACCCACAUCAAUCCAUGUCCAACGUGAGGGGGCGGUGAAAGUUUAUAGCUUACUGUGCUAUCAACUGGCAUUAGUUAGUUACUCAACUCAGAGGAGGAGGCCGGUUGAUCGCAGAUCUUCACCUGAUUGUUGUCCUGCUGGAGCAACAAUGACUUCUCAUGUCAAACACAGAAGAGAAAAAACGGGUACAGUGGACUAUGACGUACAAAUUAAAGAGGUGCGUUGCCAGCUCAUAGACCAGCUGAAGGUGUUGGACCUGCAACUUGAGCUGAAAACCCAGCAGCUGCAAGACCUGACAGACUACCUGCGGCGGCGGGGCGAGAUUGAGAACGAGUAUGCUCGAUCCCUGGAAAAGCUUGCAGAGAGGUUUUCUUCAAAGACUAAAAAGAAGGAACCCACCACUAAAACGGUGUCCCAGAUGUGGGGGGCUCUGCUGACCCACACCCGGCAAGAGAGUAGAGAGCACGGUGAACUCGGUGAAAGUUGCAUCAAUGUUCUCACCCAACCCCUCACACACUGUCUGGAGUACACGCAGCGCUUUGCUAAGAAGAGUAAAGACAUCUGCACGCAGCUACAAGAUGGACUCCUCAAAGUUACCACAGAGCUACAGACAGCGUGGCGCACCUACCACCAGUACUACUCAGACUAUGUGUGUGCAGAGGGAAAACUGAGGGAGGCAGAGAAGCAGGAGGAGAAACAAAAGCAGAGCGCUUCCAAGAAGCUGGAGAGGUUGAUAGAAAAAAGACAAAUUAAAGUUCAGGAAAUACACCUGAAGUGCAGCAAGGCCAGGAACGACUACCUGUUAAACAUGGCUGCUGCCAACUCCUCCGUGAUGAAGUACUUCCUGAAGGACAUCUCUUUUCUCAUCGAUUGUGCAGAUGUGGGAUACCACCCCUCCUUGGGCCGGGUAGUGCAAGCCUAUCUGUCAAAGGGGAAGAAUACCCAUCAGGAGCUGAGAAGCAGUCUGCUGCAGCUCCAGGAGAUCGUGUCCAAUCUGGACCAGAGCCGAGACAAAGACAUUCUGUUGCAGGACCACUACAAUGCCUUCUCUAUGCCUGCCCGCUUCACCUAUCAGCCCCAAGAAGGAGACCAGGUUUCAGAGAUCAGCGUGGAGCAUGAGAUGAGGUGUGAGCUGGAAACCCGAUUCAAGCAGAUACAAACCCGACUGAAAGCAGUCACAGAAGAAACAGAUGAGACUGAUAUGAGUAUGGCAAAGGCUCAUGUCACCCUAGUGGGGGGCAUCAGCGAUGAUGAUCUGGACCAAGCAGAGAAAUCUCAGGAGGACAACACUGAGAAUCUGACAGCAAAGACCAGCACGGCGAAACGCAGAGCCAACCUGCAGGAAAUAGAAAACCUAUACUUUACCAAAGUAAAAGACUAUCUUGUUGGAAGCUUAUUAAUUUGUAAGCUUCAAGCCAAACACGACCUGCUAAAGAUGGCUGUGGAAAAAGCUGAAUCUCCGAAUGGACUCCAGACAAGAAUGGCUGGACAGACUAUUCGCAUCAGGAAGACUCUAUCCAGCCCAAAUGUGAUGCCAAACUACAAACCUUUCAGCAGUGACAUGUUGUCUUUUAUAAAAGCAUCAAAACAGCCGAUUCCUCUUGUGAUGAAAAGUUGCAUUCGUUUCAUCAACCUCAACGGCCUCCACCAUGAAGGAAUAUUUAGAGUACCAGGAUCGCAGAUGGAGGUCAACAACCUGAAAGAAGCUUUUGAGAGAGGCGAAGACCCCCUGGCUGAAAGGCGGUAUAAUAUGGAUACUGUAGCUGGUGUGUUGAAGCUCUACUUUAGAGGAAUGAAGAACCCUCUAUUCCCCACUGACACCACCUACCAGCUCCUGGAGCUCGCACAAAUCCAGAAUGAUGCAGAGAGAGCAGCACAGUUCAAGAUGGUCAUCUCUUCCUACCCUGAGCCCAUCAUCAUUGUGAUGAGAUACCUCUUUGCGUUCCUUCAUCAUGUGUCCCAGUACAGUGACGAGAACAUGAUGCAGCCUUACAACUUAGCCGUAUGUUUCGGCCCCAAUCUGGUGCGAGGGCCCCAUGAGGACGACUUUGUGACUCUGCAGCCUCAGAUCAACUUUCUGGUGAAGAACCUCAUCAUUCAGCAAGAAAGUAUCUUUCCCAGUCAGAGUGAAGUACCGGGGCCGAUGUAUGAGAAGUGCAUGACACUUGAUCAAGAUGACUGUGAACCUAUUAAUGAGGAAGGGGAAGUGGAAGAUUCCACCCAACUCAAAGAUGAUUUGGAAACGGGAUCCUGUUCUGAUAAUAGCACAGGAAUGUUUUUGUCACCUGGAAACCCCAAAGGAAGGCCCAGAACCAACAGCAGUGGAUCCACAGACGGCAGCAGGACAGCAGGGGGCGGAAGUUCCUUAGCUGGAAAAUUGACUCUUCAAAUCCCUGCAGCACCACAGUACAAACCCAGGAGGGCCCAAUCCCCGACAAUAAGAAAAGAAUUUCAACUGAAUUCCCCUUCUGAACCCACAAUUUAUGUAGACAAGGUGAUUUUUCUUCAGAUGGAGUCGGUCUUCAAGGAGCUUCUCUCGCGGCGUCCACCACAAGAACCCUAUCCCACUGUUUUCUCAGUUGCUGCCAAGGCUCCACCAAAAAAGGGGAAGCGGGAUACCCGAAAGUGAAUGUGAGCCGGGCCUUUUGAGCAGCAGAUCCACCGCACUGAGAAGACUGGCAUUAGCACAUGAUUUGAGCAGUGAGUGACAGAGAUGCAGCUAAUGAAAAUUGAGGCUCUGACAGUAGAUUUCAGCACAUCUAUUUUGGUGAGGGCUGCAAUUACUGACCCAUAGACACUCGGUGAUGCCUCAGUGUCCAGUUUCAUGGAUCCUUCAGGAUCAUUUCCCUGGAAAGCUCCUUUGUCUGCUGUAACAGUAGCUCUGCGGAAUAAUGUGAAAACUUGAGAAUGUAAAGAUAUGUUUGUCUGAAUACCAUGUUGUUGUUGUUAAUAUUCUUUUUUUCCUGUAUUUAAAUAUUUUUACAUUUUUUGGGUCUGUUUACCAAUCCAUCACAAAAUAUAUUCAUUAACAUUUUUUAUUAGUCUGUCUCUUUUCUUUUUUUAAAUAAGGCGGAGCAAAUGGCUCAAAACUGAAUUCAAAUGCUGUAGUUUUAACUUGCUCCUUUUUUUUUAUUUGUCUGUACACUUAAUUUCCUUUUUUUCUAUUUUAAAUUGAAAUAAAUUAUGUAAAAUGCAUCAUUGUUUAAUUCCUGAUAAUAUUGGAGGUGGGGUAAUAAAGUAUGUUUCAUUUA